AUGGCCACGGUGGAGUUGUUGACGUCGGAGAUGGUCGUACCGGCCGAGCCGACACCGGCGGGGGCUGUCUGGCUGUCCAACCUCGACCUGGCCGCGCGCCGCGGCUACACGCCCACGGUCUACUUCUAUCAAUCAAACAGCGAGCCGGGCUUCUUCGCUGUCGACGUCAUCAAGGACAGCCUCGCCAAGGCGCUGGUGGCGUUCCACCCGCUCGCCGGCCGCCUUGGGUCGGACGAUACUGGCCGCCUCCAGGUCGACUGCACCGGCGAGGGCGUGGUCUUCGUGACCGCACGCUCCGAUUACGCCCUCGACGACCUGAUGGACAACUUCGUGCCGUGCAGAGAGAUGCGCGACCUGUUCGUGCCGCCGGAGCCGGCGCCGAGCCCGCCGUGCGUGCUUCUGCUGGCGCAGGUCACGUUCCUGCGGUGCGGCGGCGUCGUGCUCGGUCUGGCGGCGCACCACUCUCUCGUCGACGCGAGGAGCGCAGCGCAGUUCGUCGAGACGUGGGCGAGCAUCGCGCGUGGCUCCUCCGAUGAGGACACGCUCCUGUCACCAUGCUUCGAUCACAAGCUUCUCAGCGCGCGGCCGGCGCCGGUAGUGCUCUACGACCACCCGGAGUACAAGCCCGAGCCAACGCCGCCGGCGCACGCGGUCACCGCCGUGUCUACCUACGCCAGCGCCCUCAUCACGCUCACCAAGGCACAGGUAAGCGCGCUCAAGGGGCGGUGCGAGGGGGCGUCCACGUUCCGCGCGGUGGUGGCGCUCGUGUGGCAGUGCGCGUGCCGGGCACGGUCGCUGCCGCAGGAGGCGGAGACGAGGCUGCACACCAUGAUCGACAUGCGCCCGCGUCUAUCCCCGCCGCUGCCUCAGGGCUACUUCGGCAACGCGGUGAUCCGCACGUCGGCGGUGGCCACCGUCGAGGAGGUGGUGUCCAACCCCGUCGGCCACGCUGCGCGCCACGUGCGCACGGCGACGAGCCAGGGCGAUGACUACGCUCGCUCGUUGGUGGACUACCUGGAAGGCGUGGACACGAUGAACCUGCCGAGGAGCGGCAUUUCGCGGGCGCACCUCCGUGCCAUCAGCUGGAUGGGCAUGUCGGUGCACAGUGCCGACUUCGGCUGGGGCUCGCCGGCGUUCAUGGGGCCGGCGCUCAUGUACUACAGCGGCUUCUUGCACGUCCUGCACGCGGCGGGGAAGGAUGACGCCGUCGUGCUCGCGCUGUCGCUGGAGCCCGAGUCCAUGCCGGAGUUCAGGAAGGUGUUUGCUGAAGAGGUCGUGCGUCUCGAUCGAGCUGCAGUAGCAACUCCAUAGUACGUCCAUACGUGAUGAGCACCCCUCAUAUCGUA